AUGUCGACCGAUCUGACGCCAUCACCCGCCUCCCACUCACUUGGCUUUAACACUGGCUUGUGUGACCGUCUACCACACACCGGUUCUGAGAUGCGACGCCCCCUUCCGAUAUUUUCCCAUCCAAGCAGAGGCUCCGACUGCUCUGGAGAGGCAGUCGAGAAGACGGACAGUACAAGCGAGGAGAAUGUUCCGGGGAGAAACAGACGUCUUUGCACCAGACAACCGAGUCCAUUCUUCAGCCCCCGUCUGCCACCUUCGGAUGGGCCGCCAUCUUCUCUACAGUUGGAUUUGGCGGAAUCCUUCCUGGCGGCUCUGACAGGUCGCAAGGAGUUGCUUUCGCCGGCCUCACGACAACUCGACUUGAACCCGGGCCUCGUCUUCCCCUGGUUGCCAGGUCAGGCUCUGAAUGGGGUACAACUGUGCCGCAGUCCGUUGCAUUUUCAUGCUGCCAGUCUGGUCGGGGAUCAGGCGAAGAGUGAAGAAAUAAAGCAUUCUCCAGCGAUUGAAGCUGAAGCAGGAGAAUGCCAGAAGACAAGUGAAGCCAUGGUGAGUGAUGGAGAGCGUGAGGCGAGAGCGACUCCGGACAUGCUUAUUGGGCAAGAAGAGGAGGAUAUUGAGCUUUUCAAUGAGUUUGGGGAGAUAGACGAUACAUUCGAGGAGGACGAUGAAGGAGAGGGCGAUGACGACUUUGACGACGAAGAUAACGACGACGAUGAGGUGCAAGCGGAAGGGGCAGAUGAAAACGGAGAGGAAAAAACUAGCACACUCUUAUCGACGUUACCAAUUGCCAAGGCAGAGGUUGAUUUUGCACAUGUACAGGAUACUCUCACCCACAAAGAGUUGGCCUCCUUUGGCACGAUGGCAAAUCUUCUGGAUCCUCACAGAGUCCUAGAUCUGUCCAAUAAGCCGGCACUUCUGGCACCGGUCAAGGAGUCAAUGAAGCUGACCGAUGAUGGAAGGGAGGGGAAGGAGGCAGACAACGAGGGCGAGAGGGAGGCAAGGGCAUUCAAAGGGCAGUUUGGAGAUGGGAAAGAGAAUGAAAAUGACGAAGAACUGGGGCGACGAGAUAAUGUGAUUGCCGAGUGCAAUCUGGGCAAAAAAGCGUAUUCAAUUAAGAGGGAGGAGCUGUAUGAGCCGGAGGGUGGUUCAAGACGAGUGAACUUCGACCUUUUGACCUGGCUCAAUCCCGGCCAUUUGAGCCUCUUCUCCUCUCUGGCGGGUGCGCGAGAGGCCCUGGUGGGAUGCACGCAGACAGUGGACGCCGCCGCCUCGAGUCCCAGCCAGUCGAAUGUACCAACUGCCCAUCCGCGUCUUCUCGACUCCGAGUCACCCGCCGAUGGCAGCUCCUGCGCGCCUCGAGGACCACAAGUCCAGGGUCAGUUGACCUCAGAGACGAGGCUGUCGGAGGCUGCAAAUAUCCCUCGUCUCUUCUCCGGCUGGUUGAAGCACUGCGAGGCCCUGUUGACCGAGCCCCUCAAUCACAGCCAUUCCUCCCUCGAGCACGAAAGGCUAGACGCGGCACUGGCGGUGAGGUCGACUUACGUCAGCGAGGGUUCAGAAGAGAUUUCCUUUCUGAGAACUUCGACCCAACUGGCACGAACGCAGCAGAUGACACAACUGGCACCACCAACCUCGGCGACGCCGAUCGCCACCUCUGUAUCGUCUUCAUCUUCCUCCUUCUCCUCCUCGUGCUUCUCCUCCUCCUCUUCCUCCUCCUCCUCCUCAUCAUCAUCACUUUCUUUUUUGCCGGCAGUAAAGAAUGCCGCUUCAACAGGUGGCAACGCUCUUUCUGGAUCCUCAUCGUCUAGGCUUAGUCCUACCCCACCGCCACACUUUCCCCACUUUAUGCAACCUCCUAUUCGGGUUGUGCCGCCCUCGACAAUGCCAGGUUCGAAUCCCGGAGAACUCCCACCACCUCCACCGACCCAGCUUACGCAGACCCAGCUACCAGGCGAAACAGAUGUGCUCAACUUUUUCCCCUUCGGCCUUGACCAGAAUAUGGCCUGUCCUCUCUGCAAGAAGUGCUUUCGGUUCGAAAAGAACCUCCUGCGCCACAUGCAAAAGUCACAUGCAGCGGGCACUGGCGAGUCGGUGCUCAAAUGCAAGUUGUGCAACUACACAACGCGGCACUAUAGCAACAUGUAUGUUCACAUCAGGACACAUACAGGUGAGCUUAUGCGUCACAUUUUGAUAAAGAUCAGAGUAUUGGUGUGGAAAACAGGACAGUUAAGAUAUUGCUCGCAAAAUUCACGAUUUAUUUUCAUCAUUUAUUUUUUCCAUUUAUGCUUACAGUCAGGUCACUAUGAUGGAGAUAGUGGCAUAAACUUCAACUCGCACUGA